AUGGCAAGUCCCCUAUAUCAAGCUUCAAGCUCCUCUGCUCUCCCCGAAUCGGCAUCGCCAUCCAUCGCGCCUUCACCAUCCACUCGAAACGCCCGCUUCUCUCCUCCGAACAACCCAUCCAUCGCUGAUAUCCCCAACUUUUAUACCCAUCCCGCUCGUACCUCGAUAUUCAACGCAUCCGGCGAACUCAAUUUCCCCGGCUCCGAACCGGCCAACACUAUCGAUAUGGACACUUCUGGGCUCGAGACUGGCAUGAACACCAGAAGGACUGGUCUCCCAUCUUUCUCUCGAGCUUUCAGCAUGCUUGUGGCCUCGGAGGCGGCGGCUUCUACCGACAGCAGCUUAAAUAAUGACGAUGACAACUUCUUUAUUCCAUCAUACCUCGAAAACUCAACAUAUGUUCAAAAGCUCCGAGAAGCUCACAAAGUCAAGAUCCAAGCACGCGAAGCAACACGUGCUUCCUCCAAUGGCAUUUCACAUGGUUCAACUACAUCAUACAAUCAACAUCCUUUGCCCCCUGGUGCACAUCGAGGCAUGUCGCAUACUGUGAUAGAGCGCCCUCCAGUCGUGGAAGAGAAUGACGAACUGGCGCCUCUGCCAACGAGAUGGAACAAGGAAGAUCAGAUGACAGGCAUAGAGAUCUCACAGGACGGCCUCAGCGUGAAACACGUUGGACCAAAGAACCAGCACGAUAGGGACCAUGAGGCUUGUGCAGUCCGUGCUGACCAUUACAUGCCCCCUCAAUGCGGGAUCUAUUAUUUCGAGGUGCAGAUUCUAUCAGCCAAACGAGACGACGCCACGGUAAGUAUUGGGUUUAGCUCAAGGACAGCUGGAUUAUCACGACCAGUUGGCUGGGAACCCGAGUCUUGGGGCUACCAUGGCGAUGAUGGCAGAUGUUUUACGGGACAAAACAUAGGUAGGCAUUUUGGCCCCGGUUACAAUGUCAAUGACGUGGUUGGGUGCGGCGUCAACUUCAAAGAAAACAACGCCUUCUUCACUAAAAAUGGCGUGAAAAUAGGCUCGCCUUUCCAUGAUAUUGCCAGAGGCAAGCUUUACCCAACAAUCAGCCUCAAGAAGCCUGGCGAGUGCAUUCGGGUCAACUUUGGACAGACUCCUUUUGUCUACAAUAUCGACGACAUGAUGCGAGAAGAGCGCGAUAAAGUGCGUAAAGCCAUCCAAGCUACUGAUGGAUCAACGAUUCUACCGGAGUGGUCCGAAACAGAGCUCAUCCAGCACUUGGUUCUUCAAUUCCUCCAGCAUGAUGGCUACGUGGAGACUGCCCGAGCUUUUGCAGAAGAUAUGAGAAUUCAAAAAGAAGCUUUGAAUGUUAAUCCAAACACUGUGGGGUUUGAAUAUCAGAGCGAUAGGGAAGACGAAGAUGCUAACAACCGCCAACGUAUAAGGAGAGCAAUACUUGAAGGGGACAUUGACAGGGCCCUUAAAUACACCAAUGCGUAUUACCCUCAUGUGCUAGAAGACAACGAGCAUGUCUACUUUAAGCUACGCUGUCGUAAAUUCAUCGAGCUAGUGCGUAAGGCGGCGCAGCUCAAUAUGCGGGACGAGGCAAAGGGAAUCAAGCACUCCAGUAACCAGAUCAUGGAUAUUGACCUCAAUGGAAGUGAGAAUGCUUCAUGGGACACCGACGGAGGCGAAAACGCGACCGAGCUUGCUGAGCUUGAGCGCAGUAUGUUGGAAUAUGGCCAAAAGCUGCAAGAAGAAUAUGCCAAUGACCAACGGGCAGAAGUGAACAAAGCUCUCAACGAGAUCUGGGCUUUGCCGGCAUAUCAGAACCCCCUGAAAGAGCCUCAAGUGAGCCAUCUCUUGGAUAGGAAUGGGCGGGUUACCGUAGCGGAAGAGCUCAACUCAGCCAUUUUGCUUUCUCUUGGGAAAUCAUCUCGGGCAGCUUUGGAGUUGAUUUAUGCCCAGAACAGUGUGCUGCUUGAGGGACUUCGUCAAGAUGGUGGCGAAGGAGCCUUUGCCUCAGUCAGCGAUGUUUUGGAGGGCAUCCCUCAACCACACCACAACUAG